AUGUAACCCAAAGAAUAACCCUUAAAGAAGAGAAUCCCUUUUUUUUAAGAACCAAUAGAUGUUGAAUAGAAUUGGGUAGGAAUUUGGAUUCAUAAUAUAGAACAUUCAGAAGAAAAGGGAAAAUUAAUUUCGUUUAAGAGACAAAGGAAAAAUGAAUAGUGGAAUAUUAUUAAGUAAAAUGGUAAAUAGAAUUUAGACAAGAGGAUGCUAUAUAAAAGGAGAAAGAAGCAUAGAAGGAAUUUAAUGAUGAAAUAGAUAUUCAGGAUGGAUUUGGAGAUGAAGGAAAUGAUAGGAAGGUCGAAAUAUAAAUAUAAUAUAAUUUUAAUGUUAAAUAAGUAAACAGAAUAAAUAUUUUCCUAAUUGUAAGGGGCUUUUGCAUGGGUUGAAAAAAUGAGAAAGAAGAAGCCAAUGACUUCAGAUAUGUAAAUAAAGGAAUUGUUAUACUUUUUAAAUAUUGAUGCAACUAAUGAAGAGAUUGAGGCAUUGAAUGAAUUAGCUAAUCCAGAAGGAGAACAGGACAUUUAAUAUGAAAAAUUAUACAAAGUGUUUAUGAAUGAUUAACAAUAAGAGUAGAGGGAAGUUUUGGAGGCUUUUAGGUUGUUAUCAGGUUCGAAUAGGAUUGAAGUAGAUAAAUUAGAGAAUUGGCUCUACAUUUAUGAUAAAAAAUAUAGAAAUAAUGUAAGUUAAAUUAAAUAUUAAAGACUAAGCAAUUUAUAGCUUAAUUGAAGUAAUCACCGAGUUACAAAUAAGGAUAUUUGGAUUUUGAGAAAUAUGUGAAAGAGGGUUGA